AUGAAUUCCUCAGGCACUCGAACUAUACUACAGAGGCUCGAGACUAUUCCUAUUAUCCAGUCCAAAUAUAAUAUAUUUACACAUGUGGAGCCUAUAAACAAGAUAAACAAAAACUUACUUAAGGGUUCUACUGUAAACAACCCACUGUCCAAUACACUGUGUGCCGUAAAGGAUAAUAUUGCGACGAAUGAUAUGCCAACUACAUGCUCCUCUUCCAUGCUAUCUAACUAUCAAUCACCAUUUGAUGCUACUGUUGUUAAAUUAUUAAGGGAAUCUGGCACAACGAUUGUGGGUAAGACUAAUAUGGAUGAAUUCGCUAUGGGGUCCUUGGGGAUACAUUCACAUUACGGUCCAGCAUUGAACCCUUUAUUUCAUGAUGUGGAUACCGUUUCAGGUGGUUCAUCGAGUGGUUCUGCAGGUUCUGUCACUUCUGGGGUGGUACAUUUUGCCCUGGGAACAGACACAGGGGGUUCUGUUAGAUUACCUGCUUGCUAUUGUUCAGUAUUAGGAUUUAAAGGAUCUUACGGUCGUAUUUCAAGGUUUGGAGUGGUAAGUUUUGCUCAAAGUUUGGAUACGGUGGGUAUUAUGGCUGAUAAUUUACAAAGAGUGAAAGACGUAUUCAACACUUUAGAUAAAUUUGAUAAGAAAGACCCAACUUCCUUAUCCGAAGACCUUCGAAAUGAAAUAAACUCAAUUAGUAAAUUACGAGAAAAGAGGGGGAGAGCAAAAUUUAGAAUUGGAAUCCCAAAAUUUAAUCUUUCGAAGAAUUCAGUAAAUGAAACGAUAAGGACCUGUUUCAUAGGCUUUCUAGAUACGUUGAUGAAACAAGGGCAUGAAAUAUUUCCUGUGGAGUUACCAUCCAUGAAAUAUGCAUUACCUGUGUAUUACACAAUUGCCCCUUCUGAAGCUGUUUCCAAUUUGGCACGUUAUGAUGGUAUAAGAUAUGGGACAAGAGAUGAGAAGGAAGAUAUUUCGAAUGAAUCGUUCUUCUCUUCAACAAGAUCAAAAUUUGGGAAGGAGGUCCAAAGAAGAUUGAUUCUUGGUAAUUAUAAUCUGAUAUCUGAAUCGUUUAAGAAUAAUUUCCUUAAGGCGCAAACAUUAAGAGUAUCAUUAAUUAAUGAAUUCGAUAAUAUAUUCAGCUUUCCCAACGUAUUAACGAGAAAUCAAAAUGACGAUAUUAACGGACUAGACUUUUUGCUAAGUCCAACAUCAGUGAAUUUGCCAAAGGGCAUAGACGAAAUUGCAAAAGAAAAGGGAUACGAUGGGACUUCCUCCACUAAUGAGUAUAUGAAUGACCUAUUCACUAUACCUGUUUCAUUGGCAGGAUUACCAGCUUUAACAAUUCCUGCUAAAAAAAGAGCCCCUAUAGGGAUACAACUGAUAGGCCAAUAUGGAGAUGAUCAAAAUGUCUUAAAUUUUGCCGAAAAGCUUGUUAAUGAAUUAAAGUAA